CGUCAUAUGUAAGCGUCCCUUUUGAAUGGAGGAUGAGAAGUACAGGACUGCGAGUAUUACUACUAGACGAGCCAGUCUGUGAUUUCACAUAAACAGCCUUCACUUUGGCGAGCGCUUUCAAAUACGUGUGGAAAUUUGAUCGUUUUUAUUUUUGGCGACACGCGCAAAGGUUUUGGGGAGAAUGGCGGUGAAGUCGGGAGAAGAGCGGCUCAAGGAGAUGGAGGCCGAGAUGGCUUUGUUUGAGCAGGAGGUUCUGGGCGGUCCGGUGCCCGUUGCCCCAGGAAGUCCAGCGAUGGUAGAGGCCGUGCCCGUGGCCCUCGCUGUGCCUGCCAUGCCCGUUGUCCGAGCAAUCAUUGGCACCAACACCUACCAGCAGGUCCAGCAGAGCCUGGAUGCGAGGGCUGCCACGUUCGUGGGACCCCCGCCCCCUACCUUCGUAGGCCCAGCCGUGCCCCCCAUCAGACCGCCCCUGAUGAGGCCAGCGUUCGUGCCACACAUUCUGCAGAGAUCAGGGGGUCAGAGAAUGCCAAUGAUGCGUGGACCCCCUCCUCAGGGCAUGAUGGCACCCCCCAUGCCACGACCCCCCCCUCCACCGCCCAUGAUGAUGGCUCCGCCCAUGCAGGGCCCCCCCCAGCACCACAUGGGCCCCAUGGGGCCGAUAGGACCCAUGGGCCCCAUGCCUCCGGUGGGGGGAAUGAGCCAGAUGGUGUCCGUGCCCCCGCGCCCGCCGGUCCAGGCCGCGCCCAAACUCACCCCCACCGUGAUCCAGGCGGCCCCCACCGUCUACACCACCCCCCCCGCACCCAAGAGACCGGACCUCCGCGCCCAGAGGCAGGCACGCAUGGAGGAGCUGGCUGCUGCAGUGGCGGAGCAGCAGGCUGCAGUGGUGGCCGCAGGGCUGCUGGAGGCUAAGAAGGAGCCUGCGGCGGGGGAGGAGGGCGUGAUCGGCCCCGCCCUGCCCGAGUCCGAGCCCAGCCACACAGAGCCAGCAGAUGGCAGCGCCGAGGACAAGAAGAAGGGGAGGCAGGAGAAGGUGAAGAAGUGCAUCCGCACGGCUGCAGGCACCUCGUGGGAGGACGCCAGCCUGCUGGAGUGGGAAUCAGAUGAUUUCCGGAUCUUCUGCGGUGACCUUGGCAACGAGGUGAACGACGACAUCCUGGCCCGGGCCUUCAGCCGCUACCCCUCCUUCCUGAAGGCCAAGGUGGUGCGGGACAAGCGCACGGGGAAGACCAAGGGCUACGGCUUCGUCAGCUUCAAGGACCCCAACGACUACGUGCGCGCCAUGAGGGAGAUGAACGGGAAGUACGUGGGCAGCCGACCAAUUAAACUGCGCAAGAGCAUGUGGAAGGACAGGAACAUGGAGGUGGUGCGCAAGAAGCAGAAGGAAAAGAAGAAGCUGGGACUCAGAUAGAAAGAGCUUACCUGUGUCUGUGUCUGUGUGUGCGCGUGUGUGCACGUGUGUGUGUGUGUGUGUGUGUGUGUGUGUGUGUGUGUGUGUGUGUGUGAGUGUCCUGGGUAUCUCCAUGGGCGUCAGCAGGA